GUUCCUCUGUCUCUUUCCACCUUCAGCCAUUUUGACAAUGUUGGGAGCUGUGGGACGCUGCUGCACCGGGGCUCUGCAGGCUCUCAAGCCUGGGGUCCAGCCCCUGAAAGCCCUCGUUGGAUCCCCAGCGGUCCUGUCUCGCAGAGACUAUGUCGCACCUGCUGCUGCUGCCGCCGUCGCCAAUGGCCGCAUUGUGGCUGUCAUCGGUGCCGUCGUCGACGUCCAGUUCGACGAAGGCCUCCCCCCCAUCCUUAACGCCCUGGAAGUGAGCGGCCGCGAGGCCAGGCUAGUCCUGGAGGUGGCACAGCAUCUUGGGGAGAACACAGUGCGUACUAUUGCUAUGGAUGGUACUGAGGGUCUGGUGCGUGGGCAGAAGGUUCUGGAUACUGGUGCUCCCAUCAGAAUCCCAGUGGGUCCAGAGACCCUUGGCAGGAUUAUGAAUGUCAUUGGCGAGCCCAUUGAUGAGAGGGGUCCCAUCUCCACCAAGCAGACUGCACCCAUCCAUGCUGAAGCCCCUGAGUUCACUGACAUGAGUGUGGAGCAGGAGAUUCUGGUCACUGGCAUCAAGGUGGUGGAUCUGCUGGCCCCCUACGCCAAGGGAGGAAAGAUUGGUCUCUUCGGUGGUGCUGGGGUGGGCAAGACUGUGUUGAUCAUGGAGCUGAUCAACAACGUCGCCAAGGCCCAUGGUGGUUACUCCGUGUUCGCCGGUGUGGGCGAGCGUACCCGCGAGGGAAAUGACUUGUACCACGAGAUGAUUGAGUCCGGUGUCAUCAACCUGAAGGACACCACCUCCAAGGUGGCGCUGGUGUACGGACAGAUGAACGAGCCCCCAGGUGCCCGUGCCAGAGUGGCUCUGACUGGACUGACUGUGGCCGAGUAUUUCCGUGACCAGGAGGGUCAGGAUGUGCUGCUCUUCAUUGACAACAUCUUCCGUUUCACACAGGCUGGCUCUGAGGUGUCUGCUCUUCUGGGUCGUAUCCCCUCUGCUGUGGGUUACCAGCCCACUCUGGCCACUGACAUGGGUACCAUGCAGGAGAGAAUCACCACCACAAAGAAGGGUUCCAUCACAUCUGUGCAGGCCAUCUAUGUGCCCGCUGAUGAUCUGACUGAUCCCGCCCCUGCCACCACCUUCGCUCACUUGGAUGCCACCACUGUGUUGUCCCGCGCCAUCGCUGAGUUGGGCAUCUACCCCGCCGUGGAUCCCCUCGAUUCCACCUCCCGUAUCAUGGACCCCAACAUUGUCGGAUCAGAGCACUAUGAUGUUGCCCGUGGCGUGCAGAAAAUCCUCCAGGACUACAAAUCCCUGCAGGAUAUCAUUGCCAUCCUGGGUAUGGAUGAGUUGUCUGAGGAGGACAAACUCACAGUGGCCCGCGCCCGUAAGAUCCAGCGCUUCCUGUCCCAGCCCUUCCAGGUGGCCGAGGUCUUCACCGGCCACAUGGGCAAGCUGGUGCCCCUCAAAGAGACCAUCAAGGGCUUCCAGAGCAUCCUGGGUGGCGUGUACGAUCCUCUCCCCGAGCAGGCCUUCUACAUGGUGGGCCCCAUCGAGGAGGUCGUCCAGAAAGCCGAGAAGCUCGCCGAGGAGCACUCAAGCUAAACAAUCUGUGGAGGGGAGAAAACAGAAGGAGAGGGGGUUCUGCGGUUAGGAGCACUUGGUUUGUAAAACAUGUCAAAAAAUUCAAAUGUACCUGUCUCGUCAUCCUGAAAGAAAGUUCUAUUUAAUGUUUCCAAUGAAAGAUGGAAUAAAACACUGUCUUUACAUAAAAACAGCUUGUCAACUGUAUAUUUCCUCUAGGCUUUUAAUAGUUGUACACUCUGACCACAAGAUGGCAGCGCUGAGCUGUGUUGAGCUUUAUGAACUUUGUUGCAGCUUGUCAUGCUGAAAUAAAACGGUGGACAAACAACUG